AUGAGGUUGACGACGGGGCUGUCCCAGAAGUGGACAGUGCUCUUUAGCUUUCUGAGCUUAUUCUCAUGCCUAAUCGGGCCCGCCUUGGCUGUCAAGGAACACGACUUCAAGAAAUGCGACCAGGCCGGCUUUUGCAAGCGAAACCGCGCCUACGCCGAUAACGCGGCUUCCCAGAGCUCGACAUGGGUAUCUCCCUAUCAAGCGAUCGUCGAAUCUCCUACUCUGAAGGACGGCCAGCUCCAAGCUGUCAUCCUUAAAACAAUCAAUGCCAAUGGCGAUACCGUCCGACUGCCUCUUACAAUCUCAUUCCUCCAAUCGGGCGUGGCUCGCGUCAGCAUUGAUGAGGAGCGACGGCAAAACAAGGACAUAGAGCUGAGACACAACAGUAUUGCCAGAAAAGAACGUUACAAUGAAGCCGAGAAAUGGAUCAUUGUUGGCGGCCUAGAGCCCGAUCAGCAAGCUGAAAUUGUCCAUCAGGAGGGCUCUCAAAUUAAUGUCAAGUACGGCCCCGAAGGCAAAUUUGAGGCCGUCAUCCGACUCUCGCCCUUUGAAAUCGACUUCCGAAGGGAUGGCGCCUCUCAUAUCAAGUUCAACGAACGUGGCUUGCUCAAUGUUGAGCAUUGGCGACCCAAGAUUGAAAGGCCAGAGGGAGAGGAAAACAGUACCGAAGAAGAUGAAAGCACUUGGUGGGAUGAAUCUUUCGGUGGAAACACGGAUUCAAAGCCUCGCGGCCCCGAAAGUAUAGCUUUGGACAUUUCAUUCCACGGAUACGAGCACGUUUACGGUAUCCCCGAGCACACUGGGCCUCUGUCUCUCAAGGAAACCCGAGGCGGCGACGGCAAUUUCCAAGAGCCAUACCGCAUGUACAAUGCCGACGUCUUUGAGUAUAUUCUUGAUAGCCCUAUGACUCUAUAUGGGUCAAUCCCUUUCAUGCAAGCUCACCGAAAGGAUUCUUCCGUCGGUGUCUUCUGGCUCAAUGCUGCCGAAACUUGGGUUGACAUCGUCAAAGCCAAAGGCAGCAGCAAUCCCCUGAGCCUAAACUCUGGCGCCCCAACCAGCACGCAGACCCACUGGAUUUCCGAAAGUGGUAUCCUUGACGUCUUUGUUCUAUUGGGCCCUACUCCCAAGGAUGUCACGAAGAAAUAUGGUGAGCUGGCCGGAUAUACCGCUAUGCCUCAGGAAUUUGCCAUCGGUUAUCAUCAGUGCCGAUGGAAUUACAUCUCUGAUGAUGAUGUUAAGGACGUUGACAAGCGAUUUGACAAAUUCAAGAUCCCAUACGAUGUCAUUUGGCUGGAUAUUGAGUAUACGGACGGCAUCAAAUAUUUUACCUGGGAUCCUCACUCCUUCACUGAUCCCAUUGGCAUGGGCAAGCAACUAGAUAGCCAUGGCAGGAAGCUCGUGGUCAUUAUCGAUCCACACAUCAAGAAGACCGAUGGCUACCCGAUCAAUGAGCAACUCCAGUCUCAGGAUCUUGCAGUCCACGAUAAGGAAGGCAAAAUCUAUGAUGGCCACUGCUGGCCAGGCCAGUCUAACUGGAUUGAUUGUUUCAACCCCAAGGCCCGUGAGUGGUGGAAGACUCUAUACAAAUACGACAAGUUCAAGGGAACGAUGGAAAACACUUUUAUCUGGAACGAUAUGAACGAGCCUUCAGUCUUUGACGGACCAGAGACCAGUAUGCCUCGAGACAACUUACAUCAUGACAACUGGGAACAUCGAGAUGUCCACAACCUGAACGGCAUGACCUUUCACCAUGCUACCUUUGAGGCUCUCCAAACUCGCAAGAAGGGCGAGCUUCGACGUCCCUUUGUGUUGACUCGAUCUUUCUAUGCUGGUUCCCAGCGUUUCGGUGCCAUGUGGACGGGCGACAACCUAGCAGACUGGGGCCAUCUCCAGGGUUCCAUUCCCAUGGUUCUGAACCAAGGUGUCUCUGGCUUCCCAUUUGCCGGAGCCGACGUCGCAGGCUUUUUUGGAGAUCCCGAGAAAGAUUUGCUCGCCCGCUGGUAUCAAGCAGGUGCAUUUUAUCCCUUCUUCCGCGGCCAUGCUCAUAUCGACGCUCGUCGCCGCGAGCCGUAUCUACUUGGUGAGCCAUAUACCGCCAUUGUUACUGCUGCACUGAGACUACGGUAUUCUCUCCUCCCCUCAUGGUACACCAUGUUCUUCUACGCAAAUCGGGAUGGAGACCCCAUUCUUCGGCCGAUGUUUUGGACACAUCCGUCUGAGGAGGGUGGUCUGACCAUCGAUGACCAAUUCUUCGUAGGAUCUACUGGUUUGCUUGUUAAGCCAAUCGUAGAGAAAGAUAAGUUCUCCACCGAUAUCUGGAUUCCCGAUGACGAGGUCUACUACGACUACACUACGUAUAAUGUAGCAAAGACGCAAAAGGGCAAACAUGUCACUUAUGAUGCUCCGCUCGAUCGGAUACCGAUGCUGAUGCGAGGUGGCCACAUAAUCACUCGUCGUGAUAUCCCUCGCCGUUCGAGCAGCGCCAUGCGUUUCGAUGACUACACUUUGGUCAUCUCCGUAUCCAAGAACGGUGAGGCUGAAGGAGAGCUGUACGUUGACGACGGCGAUUCUUACGAGUAUGAGGAUGGCCAAUACAUCUACCGCAAAUUCAGCCUGAACGGCGACGUUCUCACUUCAGUCGACCCGGAAGGACGAGAUGCGCGAAAGAUCAAGUCCGGCAAGUGGCUCAAGGCCAUGCGAGAUGUCCACGUUAGCAGGAUUAUCGUUGUUGGUGCUCCUGCUUCAUGGAACCGCCAGGAGGUUCAGGUUGAGUCUGAAGGACGCACUUGGUCUGCCACCGUGGAGUACCACGCUGCCGAGAAUGGCAGAGCUGCGUUUGCCACUGUCAACGGCGUCCGCGCACGUGUUGGAGAAGACUGGAGCAUCAAGUUGGCUUAA